UGUUCAUCAAUACUAAAAGGUAGUAACAAAAAGUUCUCUUCUCUUCUAUCUAAGUAUGGCCUCAUCAAUCUUUCACUUUCUUCUUACUUUCUUAGCUCUCUCAAAUCUUGUUUUUCUAUCACAAUCAGAAGUUACUAGUACUAGAGCCCCCUUCAAACCUAAUGGUCUUGUUUUGCCAGUGUAUAAGGAUUCUGCCACAGGUCUUCACAUAGCUAACAUCACUAAAAGAAUUCCUCAGCGAUCACUCCCAUUUCUCAUUGACUUGAAUGGCAGGUUCUUGUGGGUAAAUUGUGAAACAAACUAUCUUUCGAACACCUAUUUUGCUCCCUUUUGUCGCUCAACUCAAUGUUCUCGCGCUGGUGUUCAUACUUGCAACAAAUGUUUCUCUCCUUCACCUAGACCUGGUUGUCAUAACAACACUUGUGCUGUUACAACAACAAACCCUUUAACUCUCCAAACUGCCAUUAGCGAAAUCGCUCAAGAUUCUCUCUCAAUUCAGUCUAUUAGUACUACUCAAGGUUCAAAUACUGGUCCUUUAGUUACUAUCCGUCAUUUUCUCUUUGCUUGUUCGCCUUCAUCUUUGUUACAAGGUCCUUUACCUAGAAAUGUUCAAGGAGUAGCUGGAUUAGGCCAUGAUUCAGUCUCUCUCCCAAUUCAACUUGCUUCUCAUUUCGGACUACCUCGUCAAUUUGCCUUGUGUUUACCCUCUUCCUCACAGAAAAAUGGUGCAAUAUUUUUCGGGACUAGUGGAUCAUAUGAAACACAACCAGGACUAGAUGUGUCACGAAAUUUAACCUACACACCGCUAAUCAUUGGUGCACAAGGCGAAUAUUUCAUCCCAGUGAGAUCGAUAAAGGUAAAUAACAAGCUUGUACCAAUGAACCGUUCAUCUUUAAUUACAACGAGGAGUCGAAAUUUUGGUGGUGCAAAGAUUAGUACUAUAAGGCCAUACACAGUUCUUGAGCACAACAUUUUCGCUGUUUUCACUCAAUUUUUCGCCAACCAACUCUCAGGGGUUUCUCGAGUGAAUCCAAUAUCACCAUUCGGACUGUGUUUCAAUUCAAACAACUUAACAAGCACCAAUGUUCCAAACAUUGAUUUUGUCAUGCAAAAUAGGAAUGUUACGUGGACGAUUACUAGGGCAAAUUCAAUGGUACAAGCACGACCUGGUGUGUCUUGCUUGGCUUUUGUUGAUGGAGGAGAAAACCCAAAGAAUCCAAUAGUGAUAGGGGUACAUCAAUUAGAAGAUAACUUUGUUCAGUUUGAUCUUGUGAGGUCCAGAUUGGGUUUUAGUUCUUCCUUACUGUCACGUAACACUAGUUGUUCUAACUUCAACUUCACUACAUCCACCUCCUUCGUUGAUGAUAUGGAGUGAAUUAUGAUCUGAAGAUUUUCCUAUUAAGGGUUUCAAAUACAUGUAUGAGUCUGUAUGUCUUUUUUUUUUCCCCCUAAUGUUCAUGUACUAGUUAUUUCUCCUUUUUCUGUACUUUCUCCAAACCAAGCAUUGGGUAGUUUAAGGUCUAUGUAAUAUAUGUACGUACUUUUAGUUUAAGUAAAUUAAUAUCUUUUGUUGUUGUUCCCUCUUAA